AUGCCUCUCAGAUGCCAGCACUGUGCCGGCGAGUCCUGGGAGCACAGUUGCAGGGGAGGCAGGUGAUCUCCAAAAGGUGGCUCUACUUCCACGAGAUGGACACCAAGGCUGAACAGUGACCUUCUAAAAUCCAGACUGGGUGCGUCCUCCCAGCAUGGCCGCCACCGCCUCCCCGCUGCCAUUCACCACUGAGGAUGCCAGUUCUGAAAACAGCAGCUUCCUCUACGACUAUGACUACCUCGAUGAGGUGGCCUUCAUGCUCUGCAGGAAGGAUGCGGUGCUGUCCUUCGGCAAAGUCUUCCUGCCCGUCUUCUACAGCCUGAUCUUCGUGUUGGGCCUUGGCGGGAACCUCCUUCUUCUCGUGAUCCUGCUUCGGUAUGUGCCUCGCAGGCGGAUGGCGGAGGUCUAUCUGUUAAACCUGGCCGUCUCCAACCUCCUGUUUGUGGUGACACUGCCCUUCUGGGGCAUCUCCGUGGCCUGGCAUUGGGUCUUUGGGAGUUUCUUGUGCAAGAUGGUGAGCACCCUCUAUACCAUUAACUUUUACAGUGGCAUCUUUUUCAUCAGCUGCAUGAGCCUGGACAAAUAUCUGGAGAUUGUCCACGCUCAGCCCUACCACAGGCUGAGGACCCGGGCCAAGAGCCUGCUCCUUGCUGCCAUAGUGUGGGCCACGGCCCUGGCUGUCUCCAUCCCUGACAUGGUCUUGGUACAGACUCAUGAAAACCCCAAAGGUGUGUGGAACUGCUACGCAGACUUUGGCGGACAUGGGACCAUUUGGAAGUUCUUCCUGCGCUUUCAGCAGAACCUCCUGGGCUUUCUCCUACCACUCCUUGCCCUGAUCUUCUUCCAUUCACGCAUUGGCUGUGUCCUGGUCAGGCUGAGGCCCCCGGGCCAGGGCCGGGCUCUAAGAAUAGCCACAGCCCUGGUGGUGGCCUUCUUCGUGCUUUGGUUCCCAUACAACCUCACCUUAUUUCUGCACUCGCUGCUGGACCUGCAAGUCUUCGGGAACUGUGAGGUCAGCCAGCACCUGGACUAUGCACUGCAGGUGACAGAGAGCGUCGCCUUCCUUCACUGCUGCUUCACUCCCAUCCUGUACGCCUUCUCCAGUCGCCGCUUCCGCCGGUACCUGAAGGCUUUCCUGGCCACUGUGCUGGGACGCCACCUGGCACCUGGCACGGCCCAGGCUUCGCAGUCCGACUGUUCUGAGAGCAGCAGGCUUACUGCCCAAGAAGAGAUGACCGGUAUGAAUGACCUUGCGGAGAGGCAGGCUGAGAAUUCCCCUAACCAGGGGACCCUGGGGAAUAAUUAAACCUGACUGACCCCACCCCAGUCUGGUGAGAGCAGAUGGGACCCUGCUCCACUGGGCUUCCGCUCAAAGCUCUCUCCAAGGGCCUCCGUCCGUUCUCAGUUAUCAACUGUCAGCAGCAUGUGCUCACUCUGGCCUUUUUCCUCCACUUUCGUCACUUGCUUCCGAGACACCACACUCUCUUGCCUGGCUUGCCACAGUGUUUUCCCGGCUGUGCACUUCCUAUCUCUUCUCUCCUCUUAUCUAAUCUGCAGCCAGCGGCCACAGUGAUCCUGACACCCUUGGCCUCCACUGCCACCUCCCUCAGCAGCAGCCUGUCCAAACACAAAAUUAUAACAGAUUUCGUUUAAAUCGGCUUCAUUUGCAAUUCUAGAAUCAGGCAAUAGGUACACUGAAUGAGGAAUAGAUUCGUUGCACAAGACAGAAGGAGUUCCAAAGAGCCGAACAGAAGAGGUUGGUUUCAUAGACAGAAAAGGGCAGAAGAAAGCAGAAACAGAGAACAAAAAGUGGAUUGAUGAUUUCAAAGUCACUUUGAAAGGCCCAACAGAGUGGUUGACAUUAGGUUUCUUCAGCUUCCUUUUUGUAAGGAUUAAAACAGAGGUUACCUCUGAACUCUAGCGUAAGGUAGUAACAAAAUUAAACACCAGAGGGGACUUCAUUAAACUGACCUGUUUAGGCACUUGGCUAUUAACUUUCUCUCUCGAUUCGUCAAAGGUCAAAUAGCAACUUAGUUCCAAUUCGAUGACACGAAACUGUAAUACGAGUGACCCCAUUUUGGUUUGGUCUGUUCUACUGGGGCCCAGUGUGGGCGCUUAGUCCAAAACAAUGGACGCCCAUAAGUUUUAUUUAACAAGUCCAAGUCCCAGGCUCCCUCUGCACUUCUGACUUGGCUUCUGGGCUGUUUCUCAAACAUUCCAGGCACAUCCCCCUGGGGGAUUCCAGCUGUGCCUUCUUCCUGAACCGCCCUCCCCCACUGUCUGCUGGGCUCCCUCCCUCACCUCCUCACCUGCCCCACAGCCCAGGAACACAUGCAGUCUGCAGGAGGCAGGCAGUGAGCACCAUCUCAGGAGCCUCCAGGUCUCCCUGAGGCUUGCACAGUCAAGUCUAGAACCUUCGUUGGACUUCAAGGCUAGGGCUUUUGCAAGUGGAAUCCCAUGCAUCCUCCAGCCCCCAUACUCCUCCACUCCCUUUUCCUUUCCUGACACCAGGCACCCCUUGCUGUUUCCUGCACGUUUCCCGCUGUGCCUUUGUUCUUGCUGGCUCCCUCAUGUCAGUAGGACCAUUUCCAGCCAGGUCCUCCUCACCCCUGCCUGGGAAUCCCACUUACUCUGGGAAACCACUCCUUGGUCUCUCUGCCCUGUGCUUUGGGAGGAGGUUGGGUGGAGCACGGGACGCAACCAGUUACCGCCUUAUGUUCCCCUGGCCACAGUGACUCGCCUGGGGGUGGGCCCGCCAUCCAGGCAGAGCCAGUGAAAUGCAGUGCCACUGGAACAUGCUACAACAGAGGCGUGAAACUGAAGCUGAGAGGAGGUGAGAUGUGGAGCUGCUCCUUCAUCAGCCCAAACUUCAGAAGGUGACGGGGACAGCGCCAGCGAGUGAGCAGGUCCUGAGGGCAGUGCUGGAGCCUCAGCACCAAGGCCCGGCUGCAGAUCAGCCCAGCCCUGGACUUGGCAGUUGUAUGAAGCAAUAAAUUCCGUUUCAGUGUGGGG